AGAGGGAACCCUCUGUGUGUGAGAUGUAACAGGCUAAACGCGCAGGUGCUAACGAGGAAAUGAGUGAAACAAACAAAGUCAGGAAGCAGAAGAACAGCGAGACUGAAACGCGGAAGAUCCAGUUUAGCCCAGAGAACCGCGCUGAGGUUACGUGUGUCACAGGGCUUCCCCGCGGCUGCAGCAGCACGCAUCAGUGCAAACAGCACCGAGCGGACUCCGGAGGAUCACCGCGACCAACUGGAUUUUUACAACCCGAUGAAUAACUAAUGCGUGGAUUUGAUACUCGGAAUCAGUGUAAAAGUGGAUUACGAGACGUAGAUUUUCCUUUAAAAACCGAGUCCAUUAUCGAUGCCAAAAGAGAGGCGGAGGUCUCUGAAGGAGGCGUUGACCUGUAGCUCCUCUCCCCUGAGCGGGAAAGAGCGUCAGGGCCACUGCUCGUCCGCACACGUCUGUAAUGAGCGGCUGCCGAUGGCGAGCGCGCGCUUGGUGCCGCAGCUGACCGUGACGGCGGACGAAGGCAGCGGCACGCGGCAGCUCGAGUACGAGGAGGCGGAGGGGCUGAACGGAGGAGCGCCGCUCCGCCGCAAGCUCUCCAACUCGUCCGUGUCGUCCACCGGCUCGUCCGUGGGCUUAGAGGAGUCAGAGGACGACGUGCUGAGCGACAACGAAACGAAAAGCAAAGGCAUCGUUACUUUGGAGCAUUUGGCAGAUACAGGAGAGGCAAAACCGUGGUGGACGUUGAAGACUGUUGUGCAUUGGCAUGUUGUAGCCUCGCAGAGAAAGCGGCUGUCUUGGGUUCAGUUAGCCGGUCACAAAGGCAGCUUCAAAGCUGGAGAACACGGCACCAUCCUUAAGAAGUAUUCUGAGAACGAAAAGCUAUGUUUCGAGCACAUAAGAGGAGAUGUGAUGGAACGAUUUGUACCAAACUACAGAGGAACUGUUGAGAGAGAUGGCGAGCUCUUCCUGCAGAUGAGUGACCUGCUGACUAACUUCAGUGGGCCAAAUGUCAUGGACUGCAAAAUGGGAGUGAGAACCUAUCUGGAGGAUGAGCUGGUGCGCGCCAGGGAGAAGCCCAAGAUGCGCAGGGACUUGUAUAACAAAAUGCUGGAGGUGGACAGCGAGGCUCCCACUACAGACGAGCGCAAGCAGCAGGCCGUGACCAAGCUACGUUACAUGCAGUGGAGGGAGACUCUCAGCUCCACCAGUACUUUGGGUUUCCGCAUCGAGGGCAUCAAGAAAGCAGAUGGAACGUGCCGCACUGACUUUAAGAAGACUCACUCAAUGGAAGAAGUCACACAGGUCUUCAAGGACUUUGUCAGCGGGAAGGGGAAAAUAAUUAGCUCCUACAUUAGGAGGCUAGAGGAUAUCAGACAGACCCUGAAAACUUCAGAAUUUUUCAUGAAACAUGAGGUCAUUGGGAGUUCAAUGCUGUUUAUCCACGACCACACGGAGCGAGCUGAAGUUUGGCUCAUCGAUUUCGGUAAGACCACAGCUCUCCCUGCUGGACAGACGCUGGAUCACGCUAAACCCUGGCAUGAGGGCAACCGAGAAGAUGGAUACUUGUGGGGCCUUGACAAUCUGCUGGACACCCUCAGCUCACUGCAGGCACAGUGCUCAUAGUGAACUUUAUACAUCGUGCCAUGGAGAAAAAUGAUAAUUUCUUCCUUUGCAAUAUAAAAGUCAAACGUACUCUCUUGACACUCUCUAAUUCCCCCCAGCUGUUCUCUUUUAUGAGUAACUAUCCAGGAGUUCAAGAGAGCCUAAUUUAAUUCAGUGCCUCAUGCCUCUUGCAAAUAAAGUCAGAAGAUUUAAAGAGCACACUGACAACAAUUAAUAUCCUGUGUUUGUCAGUAGCUUCAGUUUAAAUGGCUAUACACCCAUAGUGAAGACUUAUUACACCACUGCAGUCGGAAUACACAAUUUACCAUGCACUAUUACGGAAAGUUCAUUACCAACAAAUUAUCAUAACAAAACAAAAAAACAGAGGCAAAUUGCUUUACUUAUGCUUCGAGGGAAGCUUUUAUGAUUUGUUUUAUGGUGAUUAGUUAGAGCUAAUGUUUACCGGACAAAUAUGUACUAUUCCUCCCGGAGGAUAAGAAACACAUUUAAGGCAGAGUCUAUUAUUUGCUUAAAGCUUAAGCAAGGAAUUAUCACGAGACAUCCUCCCACAUCUGGGGGUGGCUCACUAGAUUUAGCUGCCACACUCACUUGCUUUCUCUUAAGCCUUAUCUUGAGAUCAGUGCUGUGAUCAUGGUCUGUUUCGCACUUUAAGGUGUUGUGGGAUGACUCAUUUGUUUGUGGGGUGGCUUUGCUUUAAUUGCAAAUGAAGACUUCAUGUGAUUACUGGUGUAACGGCAAGUGUGGAUUAGUGUAAUGCUGAUUGUGACUCAUGAGCAAAGUGAACCGACAGUCUUGGAAAUAGGAGAUCAUAGCAGGAACCUUAGUCAUCUGUUUCACAGUGCAAUUAUGGGUAAAGCUAAAAAGGCUGCAUAAUAACUAAAGACUGUAUUUACACUAUUAAUGAACUACCCUCUAUGUUAUCUUUUGCAAGCAUAAUUUUUAGCAGGUGGUAUUAUGUGUGGCCAUUCUGAUUGUAUUUCCACCACAAGAACAGAACUACUUUCCAACCUGUUGGUUCAUCUUGUUUUUAUUUAAAAUUGGCAUGGCGUCAGCGUGAGCAGUUAAAGCUCAUUGUUUGUAACCAGUUGAAAUCCCAAGAAUGCCAAAGAGCAAGAAACUUAACCUUUCCCAUAUCUGGUUGUGUUUUUACUUGUAAGCAGCUUGGGUAAAAGCGUCCACCCAAUAACCUUAACAUAAACCAUUUGUAGCGAAUUUGUGGUAAAAUGAAAUCACCAACCUGCAGAAGAUUGAAGACAGGUUCCCAUGUCUCUGUUAUUUUUUUCUUUCCACACAUUUCAACUCAUUCUGUUCUGUCACCUCCUGUGUUAUUUCUUAUUGUGGGACUGUCUGCUGGUAUCCAUUUCCUCCUUUGAAACUUUAAAAAUGUGUAUGGGUUUACGAAGGUCUGUGGGUUUUAACCGGGUUUAAACCCCUGAUCAUUUUUAGAGACUUUCCUACUUGAAUAUGACUAGUAUGCAAUUAAUCAGUGUAUAUACAAACUGUUAUGUUUCUGAUUAUUUUCAGAGCUUGUUUUGUGGCAAAGAGUGGUACUGGGAUUUUUCUUGUUGAUUUGAUAAAGGCUGUAUUGUAUUUUUAUGGUGUUAAGCAUUAAGUGUAAGGACCUGGGCUGCCGUUUGCUUAUCUAUAUUUCUUUAAAAAGUAUUUUUCAUGUCAGAUCGGACAAAUUUUACCUUCAAACACUAUUGUUUUUAGGGACAAGGUGACAGUAUUAGUUGUCACACGAUGAACACAUGUGAGAUGUUCUCAUAAUAAAUACCUUUAAAAUAA